UACAGGAAUCUCUACAAGCAACGGUGCCAUCUCUCCAUGCUUCAGAAGCACAGGAGUCUGGAGGAGGCAGAUCACCAGCCUUCCAAAAUAUUUCACCUGUUAGUAGAGUACCAGGUACACCGGACACUUCUGAAUUAGCAAGAACCUUACCUCAGAAAUACAGAAGGAAACUUAUGUCAGACGAAGAGAUUGAAUAUAUUCAACGUGGAGGUCCAGAAUGA